AUGGAUACAGAAGAAAUCGUGUUCGUCCACGUAACCCUCAAGUUUGUAAUUUUUAAGAGUAUUGAACAAAAUGAAAACAGCCGCUGCGACAACUUCAUUAUCAAUUUGGCGGAGGCCAAUGACAUCGAGGCAGUCAACAAGUCCAAGCAGUACUUUAUUCAAAAGUUUCACCAAAUAUUAAACAAGAAAAAAAAAAAUGAAUACGAAUGUGUGCUCAAUGGAACAAUAACUGAAGUUGCAACAUUUCUCUCCCAGCACAUGGAACUGUACAUACAGAUUAGCAAAGUGAAGUAUGAGACAGGUGAGCAGAGUGAUGGGGGUGGCCAGGCAAGGGGGGAUACGGACGGGGUAAACAGGCACGAGACAGACGCAGACGGGAAGCACCACCCAACACACGACGAUCACAAGGCAGAACCAAACGCACGCACCAGCGCUGGGCGGAACAAAAUACACUUACUCAACAGCGUAGACCUAGUAGAGGACGACAUUAAAUUUGAAAACGGGCAAAUUUACUUCAAGUGUUUAUUUAAAGAUCUGCUAAGUGACGACUUCGAGUUUAUCCAGCAGAGGAAGUAUGAAAAUAUUAGUAACUUUUACGUGAGCAAUGAUUUUAUAUUUUCCAUUUCGGUUAAGUUUGAGGAGUGCAUGGUGGGCAGGAGGGACUUGGAGAGGAGAGACAAACGGGGCUGCCAUUAUGAGCAAGACGACUUGUAUUACGACCAUUACGAUAACCAGUACCCCUGUCGCACCCUGGAUAAACGCGCACAGAAGUAUUGGCACCUUGUGAACCUCUGUCACAUGACCAAUUUAUUCUACCUGCACAUCAACUUUGAUUCAUAUGAACAGAAUUUCUUUCAUCACAAUUGUGUAGAGGUUACUGUGGGGGACAUGCUCCAAAGUCUUUCACCCAAGGACACCCAAGAUGGUACCACCAGUGGGGCAAAGGGAAAUGAAUCUGUUUUCGUUUCAGCGGGCGGGGGACACAUCGAUGGAAUAAAUGACAACCACCCCCAUACUGAUGGCAAAUCUCCAAUGGGGUGCCACUUUUCAUUGAUCCUACUCGAUCGAGUGGAAGAGCUAUAUGAUUACUUCCGCCUCAAUGACAUACACAUUAUUUUUAACAAAAUGCAAUUGGAGGUCGAAAAGAAAGGAGCUUUUUUUUCCCAUCAUAACAAAUGUGGUGACUUGUGGAUUCGUUACAGGGAUAUGGAACGGAUGACAUGCCAAUUGAGAACACUUGGUGGGUCUGUCCCUUCGUUAAAUUUUCAAGCCACCAUCAUAUCUGUUUGUUUGCGUCCUCGUGGGGGAGAAGAUGGGGACAGGUUUAUCAGUUCUUUGCGGUGGAGAGGGAGCGGCGAUGGUUUUGGAAGCAGAGACAGCAGUGGAGGUGGCCACACAAGCGGGAGUAGCAUAUCGGCUCACCCGUUUUACAAGAAUGUGUACCCCCACCGGAGCAGCAGCAACUCCCCCAGUUGGGAUCCUCGAGUUCAUACGCACAAAAAAGAGUUGGGCUCCCCCAAGGAUCACUUCCUCAAGUGGAACUUGUUCCUCUCCGUGGACCGCUGCCACAUCCUGGAGCUGAGUAACAUUUACGCAGAAAAGAGGAAGACUCGACAGAGCGACUUUUUUGUGAAGAUCGAGUCGGGUCUCUGUGAGGGAUGCUUCGUAUCUCCGUUCUACCCCUUCGAGGAGAGCCGGCAGAUUGAACUGAAGAAUUGCCAUGUGAGUCACGAUUUCCAGCUGAAGGGUGGAGACCCCUGCGACAAACUCGAAGGAGCAGUGGUGCACUUCCAUCUGGCUCUGCGCGAGGAGCAUACAGAGGGAGAGGGUCUACAAAGUAACCCUAACGAAAAUGUUAGCCGCGGAAUUAACAUCGGAGUAGGGGAACUUGCUCUUAAAAGUGUCUCCAAGGAAUUAAAGACCACACUGAUGAAGGAGGGAGGAGUACCUCCCCAGAGGGAUUACUACCAAUUUGAUUUUUGUGUACCUCUUUAUUUACACGUUUUUAAAGAAAAGUAUUUAACGUCAGAGUUGGGUGUGCAGGUGUUUUUGAGCGCAAAACAGGGGGGAGGGAUCGUGAACGAAGUUGGAGCAAAGAUUGGAUCCCCGCAAGAGGAAAAAAUAAUACUCACAGCAGACGAGAGUGGAGAUCAUCUGGUUAAGCGUUCCUCAAAGAAUGAUAAUAGCAUCCCGAACAACAUUUAUGAAUUUAAGUUGUGGAAAGAAGAGGAGGAAAAGAAAAUGACGGAGAUGCUUAAAAGGAGAGAACAAAAUAUGAUGAAAAAACUGAUAAAGAAAUAUGAAGCCAUGGAAAGGGAAAGGAAAAAUGAAAUUGAAAAAAAAAAAAACGAAUUAAAAGAAAUUGUAAUUAAAGUUAAAGAAGAACAAAUAAAUGUAAAAAAAAAUGAAAACCUUGUCAAAUUAAAAGACAAACAAUUAAAUGACGACAUAUAUGUCUUGGAAAAAAAAUUAAAAAAAAUUAAACAUGCUUAUGAAAAAUCGUUGAACUAUUUUAAGCAAAAAUUAAGAAAGACCCAUUUAGGGGAAAGUCUCGUAAAAGAAAAUGAUCAACUGCUUGCUAGUUACAAAACUGUUUUAACAAAGGUAAAGAAAUUAAGCAAAGAAAAUGAUGAGAUGAAAUCCAUUUUGGGCAAGUACAACAGUAAGGAUAAUGCCAUUAUCAGCAACACUUACUUUGAGGAGUUGAAGGACGAAUUGAAACGGCUUAAAUCAUUUCACCGACAAACGGUUCAGUCACGCGGUUGGGGAGGAUACACACACGAGGGGGAGGAGGCACAACAGGGGGAAGUCACACACAAUAACAGCUACAUAAGAACAGUGCGGAAAAAUAGAACACGAAUUAUCCAACUGGUGGAUAAUUUCGUGCCACAGAUUGAACAGAUUUACGACUUGACGAAUGACGACUUGCUGGAGGAAAAAGUCCGCUCCAUUUUGAGGGACGUCCAGGAGGUCAAGCUGAUUUUGCGGGCCGAGGCGAAGGAGUUGGACCGUACCUCCCCCGGGCAAUGGCUGGGAGACUCGUCAGAUGGCUUGGCAGGCCAGUCAGCAGAUCGGAUAGAAGACCGCGUAGUGGGUCAGUUCUCCAACCAGUACAUGGACGUAUACGCAGUAGAAUUGCCGGAUGAGCCUCUGGCCAUCCGCACCGACCCAUCGCGAACACUCAGUAGGAACCCACCAGGGAAGGCACCCAUACUGGGAAGGCACGCCAGUUUGGCUAACCAUCCCAAGGGGAAGAAGCCACCCCCCCAGAGGAACCUUCUGAAGGGCAAGGGGGUGACGAGCAACAUCUCCAAAGGGGUAGGUGCUCACUUCAGGGAGGCACCCCCUCACCCCAAGCUCCUAAGUGAGAAGCGUGGACGGGCCCCCACAAAGGAUUCCGCCCCAACCCCACAAAUGGACGGAUUUAGAAAAAGGGACAAGCCAAACGAAAAUGCGCACAUGAUUGAAAAUUUAAAAAGAGAAAUAAAGCGACUCAUUGAAACUGGAAUAUAUAAUGAAGACGAUACGAUUAUUAAAAAUAUGAAGAAGAAGUUAAACGCGCUGCUUUGA